AUGAUUUUACCAUUUUUAUUUAUUCUUUCUCUUUUUUUCCCUUCCGUCUUUGCUUCUUUCUUUGCUUUCUCUAUUCAUUCGGUCGUUUCUGUUCGUUCAGGAAGCCAAGAAAAAAAGAAAUAUUUCUUCUUCUUUUUUUUUGUUUUACUAAAUAUUAUUUUUUUAUUUUUUUCUGUUUUUCUUCUUAUUCUUCCUUUCCUUCUAACUGUUUUCUUUCUUUCUUUCUUUCUUUCCUUCCUUCCUUCCUUCCUUCCGUUCUUUAAUUUUAUCCUGAAUUCUUUUCUACUACCCAUAAUUCAUGACUUUCUCCAGUCUUUUCCUUCUUUUCUUAUUUCCCUUCUUCUUUCCUUCUUUCAUGUCCGUUUCUUUCUUUCUUUCUUUCUUUCUUUCUUUCUUUCUUUCUUUCUUUCCUGUCUUUCCUGUCUUUCUUUCCCUAAUUUUAUCCUGAAUUAUUUUCUUUAUCCCACUUCAUCAUUCUCUUCAGUCUUAUUCUCUUUCUUUCCUUCUUUAUUUUAUUCUUCUUCAUUUUUUUCUUUUUUUCAUUUCAUUUUCCCGCCUAUUUUCUUCAUUUCUCCUCCUAUUAUUUUUCACUACCCUUACUUAUACCCGCAUUUUCCUUCCUUCUGUACAGCCAACUUUCACGUAUUUUCUUUUAUUAAUCUUUUCUUAAUGUUUUCAUAA